CUGUCCCUCUACCUUCUCUCUCUCUCGCUCUCUCUGAGCGUGUACAGUAAUGGCGUCGAGCUCUGCUCAGAGGUCUUCACAGAGGUCGGAGAGACAAAACCAAAUUCCUCAUGGACGCUCUGCUGCUUCUUCACUAUCUCGAAGCGUCGACAACGGACAACAACUACUACUCCCUAAUAAUCUCUCUGUUCGUUCCAAACUCCACGCUUCCCGACCCUCUCUCCCCCCUACUUCUCGAACCAACUCCACCAACCACGAUCCAGAACCUGCAAGAGUAAGAGUUGCCGUCAGACUUAGACCCAGAAAUGCAGAAGAUCUGCUUUCAGAUGCUGAUUUUGCUGAUUGUGUAGAAAUUCAACCAGAGCUGAAGAGGUUAAACUUGAAGAAAAACAAUUGGAGCUCUGAAGCUUAUAGAUUUGAUGAAGUGUUUUCCGAGAGUGCUUCUCAAAGGCGUGUUUAUGAAGCGGUAGCAAAGCCUGUAGUUGAGAGUGUAUUGAGUGGGUAUAAUGGGACAGUAAUGGCUUAUGGCCAAACAGGCACCGGCAAGACUUACACUCUUGGGAGGUUGGGUAAAGAUGAUGCUUCCGAACGUGGUAUUAUGGUUAGAGCUGUGGAAGAUAUAAUUUCCAGUACAUCUGGAUCUGAUAGCAUUGAAAUCUCCUAUUUGCAGUUGUAUCUCGAAUCUCUACAAGAUUUGCUUUCGCCGGAGAAGAUUAAUAUCCCAAUUUCCGAGGAGCCUAAGACCGGGAAAGUAACAUUGCCUGGCGCAGUGGUAGUUAAAGUUCAAGAUCUUGAUCACUUUCUACAGAUACUUCAAACUGGUGAGGCAAACCGUCAUGUGGCAAAUACAAAGCUGAAUACAGAGUCUUCUCGUAGUCAUGCAAUUCUUAUGGUUAAUAUUCGGAGAGCUGUUCAUGAGGAGGAAAAUGAAAUUCCUUUUCAAGAAAAAGACAGUAAAGGGAAUUUAUCUUAUGAUCGUGGCAUACCAAUUGUUCGCAAUAGCAAGCUGCUGAUAGUGGAUCUUGCUGGUUCUGAGAGAUUGGACAAAUCUGGCAGUGAAGGCCACUCGGUUGAAGAGGCUAAGUUCAUUAAUCUUUCUCUUACUUCGCUGGGAAAAUGCAUAAAUGCAUUGGCAGAAAAUAGUCCUCACAUACCUGUUAGAGAUUCUAAACUGACAAGACUACUUCGUGAUUCCUUUGGAGGCUCUGCAAGGACCUCACUUCUAGUAACGAUUGGGCCUUCUUCUCGACAUCAUGCCGAAACCACAAGCACCGUGAUGUUUGGACAACGCGCUAUGAAAGUUGUAAACAUGUUAAAGCUUAAGGAAGAAUUUGAUUACGAAAGUUUAUGCCGGAAGCUUGAGAAUCAUGUGGAUCAUCUAACUGCUGAGAUUGAUAGGCAACUAAAAUUGAGGGACAAGGAGAGAAUAGAAAUGGAAAGAAGUCUCAAAGAGUAUCAAGAGUCCUUUGCUAAAGCUGAAAAGAGUUUGGUUGCAAGGUCUGAGGUAGUUGUCUCUCCUGCUAAAAAGAGCUUGGUUGCAAGGUCUGAGUUUCUGCAGAAGGAGAAUGCUCAUCUGGAAAUCGAGCUAGAGGGAACACUAAAUGAAUUGAAUCGUCUAAAAGAUCAAAACAACUUUAUGCAUUCUGAAGUUGCACGAUUAGAAAUCAGUCUAAAGCACAACAAGCAAUACCAGCUUGAAAAUUCAUCAAAUCAAAAAGCACUUGCUAAUACCACAGAAAUGUACGAGAAGAAAAUAGCAGAGUUGAUGAAGCAAUUAGAGCAUGUGAAGGCUCACUCUGGAAGUGCUGAAGAAUUAAAUGCGAUGAAGAAGCUGUUAAGUGAUCAUGAAAAGUCAAUGCAGGUAUACCAAAUAGCAAAUUCUACAUAUGAGAAGGCUCUUGCAGACACAAAUCAGAUGUAUGAAGAGAAAAUAGCAGAUUUAAUUCAGAAUCAAAAUGGUGAGAUUGCUCAUUUUCAGAGUGUAGAAGAAGAAUUGGAUAAGAUGAAGAAGCUUUUGAAAGAUCAUCAAAACUCAAAUCAGAUGUAUGAGAAGAAAAUUGCAGAGUUGAUGAAGCAAUUAGAGGAUGAGAAGGCUCACUCCGGAAGUGUUGAAGAACAGUUAAAUGCAAUGAAGAAGUUGCUAAGUGAUCAAGAAAAGUCAAUGCAGCUAUACCAACUGGCAAAUUCUACAUAUCAGAAAGCUCUUGAAGACACAAAUAAGAUGUAUGAAGAGAAAAUAGCAGAUUUAAUUCAGAAUCAAAAUGGUGAGAUUGCUCAUUUUGAAGGUGUAGAAGAAGAAUUGGAUAAGACAAAGAAGCUUUUGGAAGAGCAUCAAAACCUAGACCAGAUGUACAAGAAGAAAAUAGCAGAGUUGAUGAAGCACUUACAGGAUGAGAAGGCUCACUCUAGAAGUGUUGACGAACAGUUAAAUGCGAUGAAGAAGCUACUAAGUGAUAAUGAAAAGUCAAUGCAGCUAUACCAAAUGGCAAAUUCUACAUAUCAAAAGGCUCUUGCAGAAACAAAUCAGAUGUAUGAAGAGAAAAUAGCUGAUUUAAUUCACAACCAAAAUAGUGAGAUUGCCCGUUUUGAAGGUGUCAAACAAGAAUUGCAAAAGACAAAGAAGCUUUUGAAGGAUCAUCGAAACUCAAACCAGAUCCAUGGGCGAAAUGAGAGUGAUAAGAUUCUGGUGAAACUACAAGAAAGUCAUGAGGUGAAUCAAAAGACCGCGAACGAACUUGAUUCUUUGAAAGCAGAAUAUAAUGAGCUAUUGACAGACAAGGCAAUGUUGGUGGAGGAACUUAAUGCAAUGAGAGCCCUUCAAAUUCAGGAAAAACAAAGGAAAGCUGUUGAGGCUGAGCUGGUUAGGUUAAAGAAGCUCGUUCCUGAAAAUGGUGAUGACUAUGAGGACAAGAAGUCACACAAGAAAGAGAAUAGGGCCAAACCACUGGUUUUACCUAAAUUGAACCAAUCAAGGGAGACAAUUUCGGGACAAAGAGCCACAAUUGCAAAGAUUUGUGAAGAAGUCGGGCUUGGAAAAAUUUUACAAUUGUUGACAUCUGGAGAUAUAAAUGCCCAAAUACGUGCUGUGAAGGUGGUGGCUAAUCUUGCUGCUGAAGAUAUCAAUCAGGAAAAGAUCAUGGAGGAAGGUGGUAUAGAUGCACUGCUCAUGCUGUUGCAAUCAUGCCAAAAUAUAACCAUACUUAGGGUGGCUUCUGGUGCAAUUGCCAAUUUGGCAAUGAAUGAGGCGAACCAAUGCUUUAUUAUGAACAAAGGAGGUGCGCGACUCUUAGCAAAUGCUGCAUCUAAGACUGAUGAUCCCGAAGCUCUAAGAAUGGUAGCUGGAGCCAUUGCCAAUUUGUGUGGAAGUGAGAAGUUACAACUGAAGCUCAGAGAUGAUGGAGCCAUCAAGGCUCUAUUGGGAAUGGUCAGAUCUGGAGAUAGUGGUGUCAUAGCCCAAGUUGCCAGAGGAAUAGCCAACUUUGCAAAAUGUGAAUCACGAGAAAUUUUUCAAGGACAUAGGAGAGGCCGUUCAGUUUUAAUGGAAGACAAUGUGCUCUCAUGGUUGAUUGUUAACUCUACAUCUGCAUCGGCUUCUUCAAGUAGACGCAAUAUCGAGCUUGCUCUUUGCCAUUUAGGUCAAAAUGAGGACAAUGCCAGGGACUUCAUAUCUAGUGGAGGGGUGAAAGCGCUCACAAGAAUAUCAGUUGAGUCCAGUAGAGAAGAUAUCCGCAACUUAGCGAAGAUGACUCUAAAACUGAGUCCAACAUUUAAAGCAGAGAUGAAUACAGAAUCCAGUAAAUUGUACAGAACUGAGCUAUAGCAUUCCUUUUUGUCCAAGUUAUUUAACUUCUGUGCAAACACAAUACGUAUUUCUGAAGCAGAAGCAGAGUAAAAUUGCGGAUGGCACAAGUAGGUUCCAUGAUGCCUUACGUUGUUGUCUUAGUCACACAAUUGAGUCAAGUAUUGACGAUAUGGAGGAGAUACAAGAUCACAUUAACUACUGCUUAUUUCCAUAAGAAUUCAUAUGAUUUGUAUCUAGAGUUUGCAUGUCUAUCUACAUAAAAUGUUGAAAGCCCUGAGAGGCCGAUGUACAGGUUCGUGACCAUGAAUACUUGGGUUCUACAGGCGCUAUGAUUUCAUUUGAUUUAUGAGACUAAAAUGAUAUCAAAGAACUUUAUCAUACAUGUAGCCCAACAAUCUUAAUCUUGGAUUAGGGUAAUCUUUUUUUUUUUUUUUUUUGCAUAGUCUCUUAUGAGGGUAAUCGAGAUAAGGAUUAGGGAUGAAGAAAUCUAAGGUGAAUUAACACAACUAGAAAAGUGGAGAGGAUCAGGGAUGCAUAUUCUUGAAUCUAGAGAGAUAUAGGAUCCUUAUCGAAUGAAAAGUUGAGGAAUGUCACUUGUUACACAACCCUACACGCACACACACAAAAAAAAAAGAAAAAAGGAAAGAAAAAAGACCACCACCACCACCCUAAGAGGAAGGGCAAGUGGUACCAGUUAGGGCAGUUCCUUUUUUCUCUCACAAAGAGAGAGAGAGAGAGAGAGAGAGUGUGUGUGUGUGUGUGUGUGUGUUUGUGUGUGUGUGUUUGGACGAAAUUAAGACUCAUUUAAACAACUCCAUAAUUGAAGAAAUUCUGGUUGCUAGCGGAUAUGGCUAGAUGGUUCCCCAACACCUAUAGCUGCUGAACCUAGUAAGAUAACAAUUACAACGCAACAAAUAUUUACUUGGCCAUGCGCUUAGUAAACUUCCCAUUUUCCAGAAGAACUGGUGACCUACAUCCGCAGAAGAAAAUCUGUACGAGUUAAACAGGGUAUUGAUUAUAUUACAAAGUAGUACGAUGGAAGUAAUGCCAAUGACCUCUCAAUAUAGUUUUAUAUCCAUUAUCACAAACAGUACGUCAACACAAAGCACUUGCCGCUUUGGCAUUUACAACACCCAAUAACAUUAGUAUUGCAUUCCAAGCUGCUUUACACCUUUGGAAUUACAGGAUAAAAUAAUAUGUUUCACAUUAUUGACACAUUUUACAAGUAAAGAAUCGCCAUAAGAAAUUUACAAUAUGCACUCUUGAUCUGUUCCUACAACCACCAAAACGUAAGGUUUCGUAGAUCCCAAAGAAUGGACAAAAAUUUACCAGAACCUGGUGACUAGCAAAAUAGUUGCAACUUACAAUGGGAUGGCUUCUGAGACAAGUCCCAGAACUUGUCAUUGAGAGAGCUAAUGGGAUAAAAUUUGUGUCACCCGAUCUUGUGCGUCCGCAGGGAUGUCUCUUCCUGGGACCUGGGCCUUUAAAAGACUACUAUAC